AGGGAAAAAUAACUGAAAGUGUAGAGUAACAGAAAACAAAAAAGCAAAAAACUGCAAUUUCUUGGUGAAGAACAAGAAGAGAAAAAAAAAGAAAAUGGGUACACUGAGAAUACCAGAUGUAGUUCCUUCUCCAACUGAAGAUUGUGAAACUCUCAUGAAAUCCUUCAAAGGACUGGGAACUAAUGAGAAGUCAGUAAUAUCGGUGCUGGGGCACAGAAAUGCAACUCAGAGGAAGAAGAUCAGAGAAACCUAUCAGCAACUUUACAACAGGUCCCUUGUCGAUGACAUUUUUUCUGAAUUGUCUGGUGAUUUCAGGAAAGCCGUCAUGCUAUGGACAUACGAGCCUUUUGAAAGAGAUGCGCGGCUAGCAAAUGAAGCCUUAAAGUCAAAAAAGAAAACAAUCACCCAAUUGCAAGUGAUAGUGGAGAUAGCUUGUGCGUCAUCUCCUGAUCAUCUGGUGGCGGUGAGACAAGCAUAUUGUGGCCUUUUCAACUGUUCACUUGAAGAAGAUAUCGCUGCAAAUGUCCCUACGCUUGUACAAAAGAUUCUUGUUGGUCUAGUCAGGUCCUACAGAUAUGAUAAGGAAUUGGUGGAUCCUAGCAUUGCAAAUGCAGAAGCUGCUAUCCUUCGUGAAGCCAUAAGGGCAAAACAGUUGGAUUCCGAUAAUUUCCUGUUGAUACUCAGCACAAGGAAUGUUCAUCAGCUUAGAGCAACUUUUGACUGCUACAAGCAAAAUUAUGGAUUCUCCAUUGACCAGGACAUGAAGAGCUGUGGGAAAGGUCUGUUGGAAUCUAUAUUGAAGGUGGUGAUCUGGUGCAUUAAUGCGCCAGAGAAACAUUUUGCUGAGGUUGUCAGAGCCUCGAUUGUCGGGAUAGGAACUGAUGAGGAUUCUCUAACUAGAGCUAUUGUAACCCGAGCUGAAGUUGAUAUGAUGAAAGUCAGAGGAGAGUAUUUCAUCGUGAACAAGACUAGUCUUGAUAAUGCAGUUAUUGGUGACACAUCAGGUGAUUACAUGAAGUUCUUGAUGACACUGCUUGGUGCCAAAGUCUAAGCUCUUGGGACCUGAAAAUUGGUGUUGUAGUGUUUUAAUACUAUGAUUCUACUUUGUAUGCUUUGAACAUUCUAUUGUGAACAUUAAUGUGUGGACUUCUUGUGAAAAACCUAAUUGUUGGAGAGUGCAUUUAUAUAUAAGUUUGUGGUUUGUCA